AAUAAAAAUCUUCGAACCUCCAUAAUGUCGGCUGAAUUAGAUAAAAAUAAUUCUGACUCUUCUUCAUCCGAUGAGAUUACUACUAUUGUCGUUAUUGAUGAUAGUGGUGGUUCUAAGGGUGUUACAACUUCACACGUUGUUCAAAAACAUGGAAUCAUUAUCAAUGAUAAUUUUAAACCUCUUUCUACCUAUGAGGCUGAAAAGAGAUUAAUAACUUAUGGCAAGAACGUUAUUGCUGCGUAUCAACCUUUACGAUGGUAUACAGUACUUUACAACUCAACUCUUCACCCUUUCAAUCUCAUCUUGAUCGGUCUUGCAAUUUUCAGUGGUGCUACUCAGGAUUUUCCUACAAUGUCAAUUUUAUUAUUCAUGGUUAUUUUAUCUGUCGGAAUCCGUUUCAUUCAAGAAUAUAAGAGCGAAAUUGCUGCCCAAUCUCUCAAAAAUAUGGUUAGCAAUCGUGCUUCCGUUAUUCGCCUUUAUUCUCCACCUGAUACUCGGUAA